AUGGUGGAUAGUGUGUAUUGGGACAUCCAUCCUGAUGUGUCUUUUGGAGGACCCAAGUAUGACAAUCUGUGGCUCCCGAGGAGUCAGUCGGGAAAGUCGCUGAGUGAGCUUGAUAUUGGCCUUGGAAGCAAAGCCGACUCUGGACCACGCUCGCUCGUUUUCGUCUGCGCGCUGAACAUUAUCUUUGCGCUUGGCUGCUACUUUGCCGGCGGUAUCCCGGUAACGGAGCGUGAGGCAGUUUCCUAUACCUUCUUCCUACGGGCAAAACAGCAUAUUGGAUUGGAUAUGAUGGACGUUCGGACUAUCGGCGUCGUACAGACGCUGCUGGUCGUCGCGCUAUAUUUGCAGAGUACGCCGUAUCCGCACCGAUGCUGGAACUCGAUAGGGGUCGCUUGUCAAAUUGCCCAGGGGAUAGGACUUCAUGAGGCGCAGCUGUACGAGCAAAAGAGUCCGCUGGAGCAGGAGAUUCAGCGGCGAACAUGGCAUGGCUGCGUGAUGAUGGACAUGAUCGUGAGUAUGACUUAUGGUAGACCGAGUAUGACCUCGCACCUCCCGAGUGUUCCCUUACCAGGAACCGAAGAGGAAGAACACUCUUCUGGAACCCCAUCACCGAUGGCCUUCUACAUCUCCACCAUUGAGCUAUACCGCAUUCUCGACAGUAUCCUGUCCGACAUCUACCGAGCAUGGCGCGGUCGCAGCAGCCCUGGGUCUAGAAGACACACAACCAAACAGGGCGGGCUGGACGUCAUCAUCGAACUUGAAGAGAAACUCUUCGAGUACGAAAACAGCCUUCCCCCUUUCCUCAAUUGGAACCGUCCAUCAGAUCAAGCUACCAAUCCCGAACAAACUACUCUCCAUCGACAGCGAAACGUCCUCCACGCUAGAUACCUAUACCUUCGCCUCCUCCUCUACCGACCCAUCCUGACCCAACUCUGCUCCGAGUGUACCCACCCGCGAACUCAAGCAGACAACCGCCCCAGCUCGAGCUCCAAUUCCAGCACCCUAUAUACCUCCAUCCUCUCCAAGUGUGCCGCCGCCUGCGUCCGCGCAGCCAUUGACCUCGUCUCCUUCGUCCACGAAACCUAUCACACGUCCGCCACCGACCCAUGGUGGUAUAAUGGCUUCUAUACGUCCACAUCAGGCAUGGUCCUCAUCAUGUCCUCCUCCUGCCGCACGAUCCUGGCCGAGCUCGACGCAAGUCUCGUACACGAAGCCUGGUCCACAUGCGAGCAGAUCCUCACGUCCAUGAGUUCCUUUAGCGUGUCUGCGCGCAACAUCCUGCUCUUCCUCAGGACGGCACGGACUCAGGUCAUGGCGGAGAAUGGCGGUCAUGUAGAUAGCGAUCGCAAUCAGGCCCGACAGGAACAGGGACUGGGGCAGUUGCACCCGCAGGAGAACCCGUUUACCCUGCUUUCUUAUUACUUUAAGAGAGUGUGA